GCCGCACCGCCCGCCGCCCCGCCGGCCCCGGGAGCCGCCGCUGCCGCCGCUGGGGGCACACAAGGGCCGCGGCGGCGGGGUGGCGGCGGCGGCGGAGCAGCAGCAGCAGCGCUGGGCCGGGCCGGGGCCGCCGGCCGGCGGGAAGCAGCAGGCCGCCGCCGCGGGGGAUGCCGGCGCUCGGCCGCGCUACCAGGCGGUGCUGCCCGGGCGCGGCGCCGGGGAGGGCGCGGCGGGGCCGGGGCCUGGGCCGGGAGCGGGGCCCGCAGAGCCGGGCCCGCCGCCGCCCGCCGAGGGCAAGUGGAAGAGCGGAGCGCGGAGAGGCGGGAUGGGGGCCGGCGGGGGCUCGCCGGGGCAGGCGGCCUGUCUGCGGCAGAUCCUGCUGCUCCAGCUGGACCUCAUCGAGCAGCAGCAGCAGCAGUUGCAGGCCAAGGAGCGGCAGAUCGAGGAGCUCAAGGCCGAACGGGACACGCUCCUGGCGCGGAUCGAGCGCAUGGAAAGGCGGGUGCAGCUGGUGAAGAAGGACAGCGAGCGGGAGAAGCACCGCAUCUUCCAGGGCUUUGAAGUGGAUGAGAAGCCGGAGGCAGAGGCUUGUGAGAAGCUGCCAUUGGAGUGUCCUCAGGACCUGCUGGAGCCCCCCCCAACCCUGCAGCCCAAGCACUUCCCCUAUGGCAGGAAUGGGAAGGGACACAAAAGGAAGCCGACGUUUGGGAGUGUGGAGAGGAAGACGCCUGUUAAAAAAAUGGUGUCCGAGUUCUCAAAAGUGAAGAGUAAAACUUCUAAGCACUCCCCAGGGAAGGAGGAAUCGGGCAGCUCCUUGUCUGAAACUGUUUGUAAAAGAGAACUGCGGAGCCAAGAGACUCCAGAAAAACCCAGGUCAUUCCUGGAAACCCCGCUCCGAGUCUCAGCCCCACCCAAGGGCCCUGGUGCCCACCCCAAGGAGAAGAGCUUCUUCAGCAGCGAGGCAGACGACCUGCCCUAUCUCUCAACCACGGAAAUGUACUUGUGCCGCUGGCACCAGCCGCCCCCCUCGCCGCUGCGGGAGCCUUCCCCAAAGAAGGAGGAGACUGUAGCAAUUCCGUCUUGGAGGGACCAUGUUGUGGAGCCCCUGAGAGACCCCAACCCCUCGGACAUCCUGGAGAACCUGGAUGACAGCGUCUUUUCCAAACGGCACGCCAAGCUGGAGCUGGAUGAAAAACGAAGGAAAAGGUGGGACAUUCAGCGGAUCAGGGAACAGAGAAUCCUACAGCGGCUGCAGCUCCGAAUGUACAAAAGGAAAGGGAUCCAGGAGUCGGAGCCUGAAGUUACCUCAUUUUUCCCUGAGCCAGAUGAUGUGGAAAGCUUGCUCAUCACCCCGUACCUGCCCGUCGUCGCCUUUGGCCGGCCCUUACCAAAACUGACCCCACAGAACUUCGAGCUGCCCUGGCUGGACGAGCGCAGCCGCUGCCGGCUGGAGGUGCAGAAGAAGCAGACCCCGCACCGGACCUGCCGGAAGUGACGGGAGCGCCGGGAGGUGCCGCCGCCCUCCCCUGCCUUCUCCUGUGACCGAUGGUUUCGUUCCUCCGUGCCCCUGGUUUUGUUCUCUUGGGUUUUGCAACAUGUUCCUUGGACUUGUCCCUCAGCGGCGCCGUUGAGGUUUCCCACCGGCCGCUCCGGGGCAGCGGGAGGAUCCCAGACCCGUCCUGCCCGGGGGGUGCCGCCGGGACACGGGGCUUUGAGCCGCGCACGGGGGGCAGCGGGGCCGGGCCCGUGUCCGGGGUGUCCUGCUGGGCUCGGGUCCAGCUGGAGCAGCAUAAGCACCAGUUUGGGUCCCAGCGGCACCAGUUUGGGUCCCGGUGGCACCAGUUUGGGUCCCGGUGGCACCAGUGGCGCUGCCGGGGGUCCCAGCGCUCCUCCCAGCCAGGGGCCGGACACCGGGAAGUGCCGGGAAACCGCUCGGGGGGCUUUUUCCCCCCCCCCUCUGGGGUGGCCGUGAUGGGGUCAGAGGGGAGAGUUUGAAAACAAAUUUUUUUUUUUUUUUGUGAAAUAGAAACCCUCUGCGCACAAUA